AUGCUCUUGAGGUGCUGUGUGCACUCGGCAAAUGAUGGCGGCUUUGUGCCGGGCUGGCAAACCGCUAGCACAAGGAGUUUGCCGCAACAAGCAGUAGCAGCAGACGGCACUGCGGAAGUACUAUCAGCAGAAGCCCCUGUUGAAAACUUUCUGGAAAGUGAAGGUUUGUGGAAAGGUAUCAGUAUGUUCAAUGCGAUGAUGUGGGGUGGUAGCAUUGUUUCUUCCAAAGCUGGCAUUGAUGCGCUCGCAUCCACUGGAGCUGAGGACCCAGGCUGUCUAUUUGGCGCUUUGCGCUUUUCAGUGGCCACUCUCUGUUUGUCGCCCUGGUUGUUUUCCUCAUCUUCGCUGGAGAGCAUGUUCGGAUCUAUGAAAGUUGGUGGAUGCUAUGGUGCAGCCUACAUGGCCAUGUUCUUGGCUAUGGGCCUCGGCACCAGCGCUGCGAAGACGUCUUUCUUUGGCUCUCUACAAGCCGUUGUGUGUGCAGGCAUCACCUGUGUGGUCGCCAGACAGUUCAAGAUUGGAACCCUUGCGGCAGCAGCACUGGCCGUGGCAGGAGUUGGCAUCUUGGAGUUCGCCGGUGGCGAUACACUCGAGCUGGCGCCCGGUGAUCUGAUCUGCAGCUUGGUACCUUUGUGCUUUGGAGCUGGAUGGUUUAUCUUGGGACAAACCAUGAAAAAGUUCCCGGAAGACACGCUGCCUUCCACAGCUCUUCAACUUGCCAUGACAGCCCUGGGCUGCACCGGAUGGACUUUGGUCUCAACAUUUUCCAAGGGCGGCAUGGAGGGUGUCACUGGGCUGCUUUCGCAGCUGCCAGACAUCCUGCAAGCCCCGGGAUUGAUGCCUUCACUGCUCUAUUCCGCGCUCAUCGGCAAUGUGCUCACGAUGUGGUUGGCCAAUGAGGCCCUACGCCGCGUCAAGGGCUCUGACGUGGCGCUGCUGGCUGCCUCCGAGCCCUUGUGGGCAGCGGUGGCUGCCAUGAUCUUCCUGGGCGAUGUCCGCGACCUAGGAGAUCAGAAAAUGAUUGCUUUGUGA